AGUGCUGGAAUCGCUUUUGAUCGGGUGACAUUGUUGCGUUCUCGUCGAUAUAAAAUGGACGUUUUGUGAGCGGAAAACUGCUGGGAAAUCUAGUGUGAAAAGCGCAAAAGGGAAAUGGAUAGCAAAAGCAUCGUUUAUUACGCGGCGAGAGAUGGAAAUUUGGGCAAAUUGAAGAGUUAUUUGCAGUGCAACAAAGGCAAAUACGAGGUGUCCAUGUUGGUGGGGGCCAAAACGAGGGGCGCCACCCCUCUGGUGAUAGCCUGUCGAAAUGGCCAUUACGAUGUGGCUGAAUACCUGAUUGAAAAGUGUCAGGCCGAUUUGGAACAGCCCGGAUCCGUAAUGUUCGACGGCGAGACGAUAGAAGGGGCGCCGCCCCUUUGGUGCGCCGCCGCCGCCGGCCACUUAGCCAUAGUAAAAUUGCUGAUCUUGCACGGCGCCAAAGUCAACACGACCACACGCACCAAUUCGACGCCGUUGAGGGCGGCCUGCUUCGACGGUCACUUGGACAUCGUCCAAUAUUUAGUACAGCACGGCGCCGACAUCGAAGUGGCCAACAGACACGGCCACACGUGCCUGAUGAUAGCCUGCUACAAAGGCCACCUGAAAAUAGCCAAAUACCUGUUAGGCUUGAACGCCGACGUCAACAAGAAGAGCGUCAAAGGUAAUACGGCGUUGCACGAUUGCGCCGAAUCCGGCAGCCUGGAAGCCUUGAAGCUGUUGCUCGAACACGGCGCCAAAAUGGACGUCGAUUCCUACGGCAUGACUCCUUUGAUGGCGGCCGCCGUGACGGGUCACAAGGAAAUCGUCGAGUACUUGAUUGAAAUUCCGGAUUUGGUAUCUCGAAGGGAAAGAAUCGACGCUUUGGAAUUGUUGGGGGCGACGCGCGUCGACCGGAAACGCGACAUGUUGGGCGCCAUCGAUUUGUGGAAGAGAGCUUUAAUGGAAAGAUAUUAUCAAGAUGGCGUCGGCGAGGCGAUACCGAAGCCGCAUGCGCAGAAAAUCGCCGCCUACGAUAACGUGACGGAAAUCGACGAUUUGGAAGGGCUGGAUGAUUUGUUGGCUGAUCCGGAUAGGAUGAGAAUGCAGGCAUUGGUGAUUAGAGAAAGGAUUUUGGGACCGGCUCAUCCGGAUACGAGUUAUUUUAUUAGAUACAGGGGCGCCGUGUACGCGGACGCCGGUAAAUUCGACCGGUGCAUCGAAUUGUGGAAUUACGCAUUGGACAUGCAACAAAAGGUCCUCGAAAGGCUCAAUCCGAUGACGCAAAGCAGCCUUUACGGUUUCACGGAGCUCUUUUCGUUUAUGAUGUGCGAAGAGGGCAAACAUCGAGGCGCUCGAGCGCUCGUCGUGCCAUCUGUCGAUGCUCGGGAGAUACUCAGGGUGUUCAAGAAGGCCGUCAAAGAGGUGGAGUCUGGUUCCGAAACAGUAGCGAAACUGACGAAAUCCAAAUCGGAAUCGGACUAUUUGACGCGAGUCAUGUUCAUCACGUUGCAUCUGGCUUGCCUGCUGACGAGGCUACUCGAUCAUCAAGUCAACGAUGACGAACGAAUGACGCAGGACAUUUACCGGGCCAUCUACGAUUUGGUGAAAUUAAAGGCGAAAGCCAAAGGGGGCAGGACCGUAUUGCAUUUGGCCUGUUGCAAGGAUACGGCCCUGUUCGGACGGUAUCCCGCCUGCGAAUUUCCCUCCACGCAUUUGACUAGGGUGCUGCUGAAAGUCGGCGCCGAUCCGAACGAACGGGACGACGACGGCAACGCCGCCCUCCAUUUGGCGGCGUCGUCGAAAGCGGAGGCGCCGCCGCCCGUCGAUUUGAUUCGUCUGUUGCUCGCAGAGGGCGCUCACAUCGACGCGACCAACGCCGAGGGCGCCACCUUCGCCGAUUUAUUGCAAGAUCAACCUGUCCAUAGAUACGUCAAUACCGUCGAGUAUACGAGACUGAGUUGCGCGUGCGCGCGCGUCAUCAGACAGUUCAAGAUACCGUAUAGGGGCGUGGUUCCGGCGCGACUCGAUUGUUUCAUCGCCAGCCAUUAGGAAAGUGUGUGUGUGUGUGUGUAUGAGAGAGAGAGAGAGAGAGAGAGAGAGAGAG